GUUUCCGUUCUUUUUGAUCGUGAAGUGUAAUCAUGGCGGUCGGCAAAAAUAAGGGUACCUCCAAAGGAGGCAAAAAAGGAUCGAAAAAGAAGGUUGUGGAUCCGUUCACCCGCAAGGAUUGGUACGAUGUGAAGGCCCCGAACAUGUUCUCGACCCGUCAGGUCGGUAAGACCCUGGUAAACCGUACCCAGGGAACAAGGAUCGCUUCGGACGGUCUGAAGGGCCGCGUGUUUGAGGUGUCUCUGGCCGAUUUGCAGAACGACACCGAUGCCGAGAGAUCGUUCCGUAAGUUCAAGCUGAUUGCUGAAGAUGUCCAUGGCCGCAAUGUGCUGUGCAACUUCCACGGAAUGGACUUGACCACCGAUAAACUGAGAUCCAUGGUCAAGAAAUGGCAAACUCUGAUCGAGUGCUCGGUCGAUGUCAAGACCACCGACGGUUAUCUGCUGCGUGUGUUCUGCAUCGGCUUCACCAUCAAGGAUUCGGUGUCGCAGCGCAAGACCUGCUAUGCCCAGCACUCCCAGAUCAAGGAAAUCCGCCGGAAAAUGACUACCAUCAUUACCCGUGAUGUGACCAGCUCGGAUCUGAAGGAGGUCGUCAACAAGCUGCUGCCUGACUCGAUCGCCAAGGAUAUCGAGAAGGCAUGUCAGGGUAUCUACCCGCUGCACGAUGUCUACAUUCGUAAGGUUAAGGUACUGAAGAAGCCGCGCUUCGAUCUGGCCAAUCUUUUGGAGCUGCACGGUGACGGUGGCGGCAAGGGUGCCGAGGUGUCGACCGGAGCUGCCGAGGGUGGUGUCACCGUCGAUCGUCCGGAGGGCUACGAGCCACCGGUACAGGAAUCGGUUUAAGCCAGCAUUAUGCAUCUUAGCGUUAAUUAAAGCAGAAACUUUCCAUGUAUGAAAAGGAGAACAACGGCCGUUAGGCAGAAGAACAGUGAACAGAGCGAGGGGAAAGAACUCGGAAAUACAACCGAAACUGUUGUACAAGACUA